GUAAUUAUUCUGCUCACCCAUGUAACCAUCUACUCAAUACUCAUCCCGUUCCCUCACUACACCACCAUCCAGCAAGUCCCAACAAAAACAACCGAGAAAUUCAAUUACAAAACCCUAAUCCUUUUUCUCUCUUUGGACUUUCCACUUAUUUUCUCCUCCAUUUCUGAGUUUCAGAUUUUUAGUUACAACAUACACGAGAAGAGAUACUCCUAUAAUGGAGCUUUGUACUACUACUGCCGCCAUUUCAACUCCUUCAGUUCCAAUUUCAUUUACUAAUUUCUCCUUUCCUAAAACUCCUCUUUUCCGUUCACCUAAUACAAAGCUUUCCAAUUUAUCAGGGGUGGUUUCCCAUACACCAAUUAGAAGAGGCACAUUGUUGAGGGCAACAACAGAUGAUGAGAAAUCUAAUGUAUUCACAAAUGAUAAAAGUGGAGUUGUUGCGAGUCUGGAAGAUGAUGUGAAUGAUGUUAGGCUUGAUACUUCUGUGCCUGUGAAUACGAGUAUGGAUGAUAAUGACGGAAUAUUGUUCAGUGAGACUAAACAAUCAGGCGAGUUUUCGGAAGUUGGAGAAUCUUCUGAUGAUGAUGAGACUUUGCAGCCGGUUAAGGAGCUUUUAAACAAGCUUGACAUUGAGUUGGAUGUUGAAGACACGCCUACAAUUCUCUUAUAUGGUGGUGGCGCCCUUGUUUCUGUGUGGUUGCUUUCAGCCAUUGUUGGUGCCAUUGAUUCCAUCCCAGUGGUGCCAAAAAUUUUAGAAGUUGUAGGACUUGGUUUCUCAGUUUGGUUCACCACACGAUAUCUGCUAUUUAAGAAAAAUAGAGAUGAACUUGGAUCCAAGAUUGAAGAGAUUAAACAUGAAGUUUUAGGUUCAACCGAUAAAUAGAGACGUCUGGAGUUUUUGCUUGUGUAGACUGUAAUUGUUGCUAGUAUGAGAGGCUUUUUGGAAAACAGAACAAAUAUUGUGAAUAAAUAGGAACAAACAGAAUUAUCCUUGUAUCCUUUUAUCAUACAGGAAAUCAAUCUUUCUUGGUUAUUUUUGCAUACUUUUCCCCUUGAAAAUAAUGUUCCUAAAUUUAAAACUGUAUGGUUUAGUAUACAACUAAGUUGGUAAUGUUAAUGUUUUAAUGAGGUGAUGGAAAUUCACUCCGCUUA